AUGAGCCAAAACACCUUUGGAGUACAGAAACAGAACAUACAGAAUCGCCCCAAGUACAGGCGCAAAGAUUCGGACAAGACUCCUUACAUCAAUCACCCGAUCGGAGUCGCUGAAAUUUUAACCGAAGAAGGAGGAGUCACUGAUGUGGAUAUUCUAUGCGCUGCUUUGCUCCACGAUACUGUCGAAGAUACAGACACUACUUUUGAAGAAAUCGAAGAGCUCUUUGGAAAGAUUGUGCGAGAUUAUGUCGAUGAGGUGACAGACGACAAGAACCUAGAGAAGAUGGAACGGAAGAGGCUGCAGAUUGUGAAUGCGCCGAAGAAAACGCCGGGGGCAAAGCAAGUGAAACUGGCUGAUAAACUCUACAAUUUACGAGAUCUAAACAGAUGUACUCCAGAAAGCUGGGAUGAGGAACGCGUCGUCAAUUACUUCAAAUGGGCGAAACAAGUGGUUGAUGGCCUCCGUGGAGCCAAUGCUGCACUUGAAUCAAAGCUUGAUGAACUUUUUGUCGCUCGAGGCGUCUAA